AUGUUAAUUUACGAUGUUCUACAUAAAGAAACAGUAUAUAAUUUAAUUGUUAGUGAUCUUCGUAAUUAUGGAGUUAAAUAUCGUUUUAAAAAGAAUAUGUUUAAGAUAGAAAGAACUGAAGGAGUGAAACAUAUAUCGAAAAAAAUUUUUAAAACUCCACUGUUGUAUCAACCAUUGGAUGUUGUGAAUUUAUCAUCUGGUGCCAUUGUACAUGUACCUAUCUUUGUUAGCCAAGCAUCUACUUUUUUAGAAAAAUAUAUUACUCAAGAAGGAUUAUUCAGAAAAGCAGGUUCACAGCUUAGACAAAAGGAAUUAAUAGCUCGUUUAGAUAAUGGUGGCAGUUUAGGAGAAAAACAUCAUGCCGUUGAUGUUGCUAAUUGUUUAAAAUCUUUCUUCAGAGACCUUCCAGAACCAUUAAUUCCAUACAUAUAUCAUGAUUUAUUUGUACAUUGCGUCAUGCUUAAAACUUAUUGUGUACAAGCAUUAUUAUUAGCUUGUAUUCUUUUACCACCACAUCAUCUAAAUACUUUGGCAUUUUUUAUGGAAUUUUUAAAAAGGGUAGCAUUAUGUGAGAAACAAAAUAAAAUGAGUGUUGAUAAUUUAGCAAAAGUUGUUGGGCCAAAUAUUAUGCCCUUGCAAGGAACUACUAUGACUGCUGUGCAAAUGCGUCUUGAAUUACAUUUAAUUGUUGUUAAAAUUUUAAUUGAAAAUGCAGAAAGUAUUGGUAUUUUACCAGAUCAUAUAACACAAGCUAUUUCUAUGGAAACAAUUGGCAGUAUAGACAAUGAAUUAGAUGUAUCUGAUCACUUGCGUUCAAAACUAAAAAAAAAGAAACAUCGCAGUGGAAGUCUUACACGUAAGCCACAUCUAAGUGCCUCCAACCUCAAUCUAAGAAUGUUUAAUGGUUUAAAAAAAAUUGUUGGGAAGAAUGCUGUAUCUGAAGAUGGUAAUAUAUGUGAUAAUCAGAGAAUCUCUGAAAAUGCAGAUUCAAUACAUGCAUCAAAUAUUAAAUCCACAAAAAGAAGAAAAGUAGAUUAUUUAGAUCCACCAAGUACAAAGAAGAAGAGAGUUGUAGAUAAAACAGAUAAAUCUAAAAAGAUUAGACUUAGUUUAGAUCGUUUUGUACCAAAAAAGCCGAAAGUUGUUGAUGAAAAUUCAGAAUUAUGUUCAAAUAGCUUUGACAUCCAUACAGAACGACGUUGGAGUUCAGCUUGUAAUUCAAGUGAUUCACAAAGAACAUAUAGAACAUACAGUGAUGGUUCAUCAAAUUUAAAAUUAAUUCUGAAAGAUAGUGAAGUAUCAAAUGAACUCAAUAAAGAAUAUAAUAAUAUGUUUGUUGAUGCAGAUGUUAAUUUAUCAGAUGAUAGUGACGAGCAGGUCUUGUUAAUAAAAGAAGAUGAUGUUAAAUCUAAUAAACGACAUAUAAGAUUAAAUUCAAGUUCUGAAGAAUUAAAAACUUUAGAUCAUUUUGAUCAAAGACAUGUAUAUCCAUCAAAAAGAAGAUUAACUGUAAAUAAUUACGAAACAUAUUCACGUGUUCAAGUCACAUCAAUGGACAAUCAGUCAGAGGAAUAUGUUACAAUACCUAAAAGUGAAUAUGAGGAAAUUAAAAAUAGAGUUUCAGCAAUUGAAUCUCAUCUUUCUCAAAAGUUUAAAUGUGUAAAUAACGAAAAUGUUGAGGAGAAUGAUGAUUUAUUACUGCAUUCUGUAAAAGAAGUACAAACUGCAUAUGAAAAGACAUUGGAAGAAGCCAGUAUUGAAAGUACAGUAACAACGGACUAUUUAGCUAAGAAACUUGGUAAAGAACUUAAAAUUAGGAGAUCGGAUGAACAUAAAAUAAUCAGAUCUCCCAGUGCUCGAAAAAUAGGAAGUUUAAGAAGAAGAUCACAAGAAAGAGUGAUGAGCAAACGCAUUAGACGAACUGCUUCAUGGCACAUUUCUCAUGGAUCAGACUUACAAUCACAUAUACAGUCUGAUCAAGAUUUAAACAAUCCUUAUUCUCACAAUGCAAAAGGUUUUUAUACAGAUGAUGAUGCUUACUUACGGCCUAUAUCUACUUCCCUUUGGGAAGAAGAAAAAAAUAAUGUAAUGUUAGAUAAUGUAUGCAAUGAAUUUAACAAUUCAAGUAUGUAUACAAAAGAAUUUAAUCAGGCUUCUCAAUUAGUAAAAAAUCGGAUACAUACUACAGUACGUCGAGUAUCAUCUUUUCAUGGUAACGAACUUACAAACGCAAACAUAUAUUCCAAUGGAAAAGUUGAAAAAUUGAAGAAGACAAAUAGCCAACAAAAUAUGAUUUUAAAUGAUACACCCGUAACUAAAUUAAUUCCAAAAUCUGAGGGGAAGAAGAAAACAACGAUGUCUUGGAAAGAUGCAGAUGGUUAUUUUAAAUCAACAUGUCAAAAGAAUAGUCCAGUUACUCAAACUGGCCGUGCAUCGAUUGCAAAAUUAAGAACUCAGAAUGCAGGAAUGGUAUUAGCUAAAGCUAAAUUAUUUGAUGAAUGUACAACAAAAGUGUAUGCUCAAAAUACUGUUAUAAACAAGAAAAAUGAUUUAUCUAGUUUAGAAGAUAAUCAAUGUGCAAAUAAUAUAAAACUGAACUGUGAACGAAUAGAAUUGUUGCGAAAAUCAAGUAAAAAUAUAAAAAACAGAAAUUCAAAAAUGUUAUUAAAACAUUCUCCAUCUUCUAUUACAAUGGAAAUUGACACUAAAAAAGAAGGUACUGAAAUAUGUUAUUGUAAUUCCGAAGAUACAGCAUGUAACAUGGCUAUUCAUCAAAAAGAAAAUAUGUUUGUUAAAACAUCACCUUUAUUGCAAAAAAUGCCUACGAAUACAAUAUUACAUGAAUCGAGAUUAAAUGUAUAUAAAACUGAUAAUAAUGUACUGUGUAAAACCCCACACAUUAAGAAACCAUUAACUAUAAAAACACCUAAAAGUGGUAAAGCAUUAGUGAAGAAACCUAUAAUGGAAUCUCGUAAAACACCUUUAAAAGCUGUUAAUCAAUUAGGGACUCCUAAAUAUCAAAGUCCUAAAAGUAUUCUAAAAACGACAAGAAAUAUUAGUAGACACACUUAA